AUGACUGGAUUUACAAGAAUAACUCAGCCCACAGAGAGCCCAAAUGUUGGUACGACAAUUAUCAUCAUUAUUGUUGUUUGUGCGGCUGUGUUUAUACUGAUCAUUGUUGUUAUUGUCACCGUGUUAAAGAAGCGAAGGAAACAUAGGAACGACCAUCCAAACGACGUCGUUGACGUUAUCGAACUCCCUGCCGUUGCAAUAGACAAGCCAGUGCUUCCCGAAAAGCCAUAUUUAAAGCGUAAACCAGACCAUGGUAAUAUGAAUAUGCAGGAUGGAAACGUGGACGAAGAAGUGGAGCUAGAGAUUGUCGAGAAAGAAGAAUUACCGAUGCAGGAAUUUGAAUCGCCCCCGAUUCCCGUUUCCUCCCUAUCUGAGUAUGUACGUACUAGAAAAGAAACAGGCCAGCUUCGGAUAGAAUGGAAGAGCUUCCCAGAGGGUCUGAGAUUCCCAGCAACUGUAGCGCUGCAGAAGUGUAACCUGAAGAAGAAUCGCUACAAGAAUGUAGUCCCUUAUGAUCACAGUCGUAUUGUGCUUCAGUCCAGUCUUAAUGGUAGUAAACUCGGUUCAGACUAUAUUAAUGCGUGUUAUAUACAGGGUUAUAAUGACCCACAGCGAUUCAUAGCAGCACAAGGCCCAAAUCAAACAACGGUGGAAGAUUUCUGGAAGCUUGUCUGGCAGGAAAACGUACAUAUGAUUAUUAUGCUGACGAAUCUAGUCGAGAUUGGCAAAAGGAAAUGUGUUCAAUACUGGCCAGAUUCAUUCAGUGCGUUAUAUGGUGACAUUGCGGUAACCUUCACCAAUGCUGUUGAACUAUCAAGUUAUGACAUAAAAACCUUCAAAGUAUACAAG